AUGACGAGCCAAAGCGACCUGGAGCAUUACGAAUGGCGUGCGAAAGGCCGGAAGUUGGACUGUGUGAACUCUCUGAGCGAAUUCGCUCCACUCCCAGCCGCAGCCAGCGAAGUCGAGCCCCCGAAAACCUCAACCCUCAACAUGGCUAGUCAGUUGCUUUACAAAGCGGCCAGCACAAUCGUCGGGGAAACGUCGCCGCAGAAAGAUGAUCAAGAUUCGAUUGCGGAGGCGAAGCAUACGAUACUGCAGAGGAUUACUUCAAUCCUCGAUCAGGGUGGAAAAGUUUCGUCUUCCGACUUGAGUGACUCAGCUUUCAAGCAAUUCUGGAUGCCCGACAGCAACUGUAAAGAGUGCUACGAGUGCGGGGCGAAGUUCACGACGUUCAAGCGACGACAUCAUUGUCGGAUAUGCGGCAGGAUAUUUUGUGCCAACUGCUGCAAUCUGGAUAUGAUCAAGAAACACAAGGACGACAUCGAUCUCCGUGUGUGCCAAUACUGUGCCGCUGACAUUCUCAACUACCUCCGAUCGAAGAACACCGGGAGAGCGACCGAGACUGCGACCGUGGACCCGAGCCGACGGGAUUCGGUGUCUUUCCGGGAGGAGGCUCUCUGGCCCCACGACCCCAGCUACGUCGUUGUUGUGGAACACGACAUCGCUGAGGAAACGGAUGUGAAAGAGAGCCUCGAUGUCAAUAGAGUGUGGAAGAGAACUCUCGAUGUCUUUCCUUUCCAAAACCAUCGAUUCCAAGAGCUCAGCUACCCGAAUACGGCGACCGGGACCAGUCUCGUGACGUGGAUUCAGGCAGAGUUCAGGACCGACCGUCGGGCAGCGACCGCCAUCGGUCAACGAUUGAUCGAUGCGGGUCUUCUGGAGACGGUCGGUCAGCCGAGCGUCACUCAAUUCGUCGAUGCGACCAUACUCUAUCGACCUGUCGGCUUGAGCGCCGGUCCAACGACUGAGAAAGAAGGCGACAACGCAGACCCGCUAUGGGUGUCUGAAAUCGCGCAGGACUCCCGGAGCUCGUCCGAGGAACAACUGUCCAAGGAUUGGAUCGAUGCGUCUCGCCCCGACAGGAUCGCUCCAAAAGUUUCCACCAACCACGUGGAACUGGACGUGCAGCGUAAUUCCGCGGCCGUUUCGCGCGCCCAAUUGCAAGGAGAAGUUGAGCAAGUUAACAGCUACGGUGCGUGGGACCUUGCCGAUGGAGAGAGAGUGGUCGGCGUCGACGGUGCGGUCGAUGAAGUGUUCUUAGCCUCAACAGAGCAGAACAGCCAGCCGGACGAAAAGAGAAUUCCCGAAGCAGAGCUCAACGAGAUCAGAAUGUGCUUGGAUUCCCAGUACGGCCACAUGGAGAAAGAGAUGCUCAACCAGCAGCUCGCCUCGAACGGUCUGAACUCGAGUUGGGCCGAGGUCAUCAUCCCGAUAGUCAACCGUGUGGCGUCCACCGUUGUGCCCCCGCCGAACAACAACGACAUCCGAAGCUUCGUUCACGUGAAGAAAGUCCCCGGAGGGACCAAGAAAGACACCUCUAUCGUCUGGGGUACGACCUUCAGCAAGAACCUCGUUCACAAGGACAUGCGGAGCUCGAUCGAAAAUCCAAAAGUGCUCAUCCUGCAGGGCGCGAUUACCUAUCAGAGGAACGAAUCGAAAAUCGACACCCUCGAACCGAUUGUGAUGCAGGAACAGGACUAUGUGAAGUACGCAAUCGCGAAAGUCAAAGCCUAUCAGCCGGAUGUUCUCGUCGUAGAGAAGAGCGUGUCUUGGCUGGUCCGAGAACGAAUCCGGGACUUCAACGUGUCACUCAUCACCAACUCGAAAAAGUCCGUCAUGGAACGGAUAGCGCACUUGACGGGUUCCUCUCUGGUCCCUGGACUCGACGCUCUCGGAUCUCCCACUCUCGGAACCUGCGAGCGCUUCUCGGUGGAAAUGUUCGAUAUCAGCUCUACGCAAACGAAAUCGAUCGCGACCUUCUCGGGCUGUCCUGUGAGCCUCGGUUGUUCGGUUCUGCUGAGGGGCGGCAACCUUUCCGAGCUAUCGAAACUGAAAAAAGUUCUAAAAUUCAUGAUUUUCAUGAGCUAUAAUUGGAAACUCGAGAGAGCCUUCCUCCUGAAUGAGGUCGCCGUCCCUCCCAUCAGUGGCAACAUGGUUGACGAAGACGACGUCUCCCAACAGGAUGAUUACGUCGAAAGUCAAUCCAACACGCCCCCGGCACCGAUGUCGCAGAGCUCGGUCGUGGAAACCAGAGAGCUCGAGCCCGAAGCGGUCGAGGACAACUCCGACCCGUUGAGAAGCACCGACCCGGAGACGUUCCCGAUCAUAAGCUCCCCGGUCGUCGUUGAGGAGCCUCAGAAUGGAGAACGUUAUUAUACGCACGCACAAUUUAGGAAUAUUUUAAAAAACACGCUUCUGUCCGUGUCGCCGUUCGUCAAAGUCAACCCCCCGUACAUGGAGACUCCUGCCGGGGCGGCGUGCGAACUGCGACAGUACCUCCCGGAAGAGUUGUACACUUCGGAGAAAUUACGCGUUCCCAUGACGACACAUGUUCCACUCACGAAACUAGAACCCACACCGCCGAAUAUUCACGAUAUCGAAGCAUGGAGCAAACGAUCCGAUAUCGAAAUACUCGAACCGCACCCGUUUCUGUCGCUGCCGGCGACUCCGCUUGGCAAAGGCCGACUCCGAGACAACAAGCGAUUCCGCGCGCUCCUGGCCGAUUAUCGAGCGAGAGGCGGUCGGAUCAAGAAGAGCUGCGCAAAAUGCAUUGGCGAUGAUGAGGAUCAUAAAAAUCUCAAGAACCAAGAAACCAAGCAAAUUGGCACGACCGUCUCUAAGCAGCAGGUUCCCGUGGAGCAGGAUUGCUUCUCGCCGUACAAUCACCAACAGAUGGUUGUUUUGUUUUUCAUCUAUUCGAGUCUAUCGAAAAACGCGCCGGGAUUCUGCAUGGACCCCGGCUUCAUCAAGAUGGAUUUCUACGCAAAUUACGAUAUCACUCUCGGACGCUACCUCGAACGAUACUGUUUACAGCCGGGCUACAGCUGUCAAUGCGGUCUGGAAAUGCUCCAACACGACCGCAAGUUUGUCCACGACGAGGGCAGCAUCGUUCUGAACACGUGCAAGAUGGAUAAGAUAUUUCUACCUCAAAACGACAUAUUCAUGUGGACCUUCUGCCGGAAAUGCCGCUACAUGUCGAAAGUGGAGUCCAUGUCGAAGGAGGCCUACAACAUGUCUUUCGCCAAGUACCUGGAAUUACGAUUCCACGGCGCCGCGUACACAUGUCGCGGGUCUCAAGCGACGCCGUGCGGCCAUUCGAUCCACCACAACCACGUUCAAUACUUCUCGACAGGGCACCUAGUGGCUUGUUUCAAGUACGUCCCGAUUUCCAUCCGGGAGAUAGUGCUCCCUCCGACAAUGAUCCGUAUAAAAAAACAGGAGCUGAGCAUAUCGAAGGUCAGCGACGAGAUCCGAGGCCUGUCGGAGAAAUCUAGCGAGUUCUAUCAGACCGUACUCCAGGUGCUCAUGGGCAUCAAGGAUCAGGUGAUCGCUACGAAACACGAAGUCUGGCUCACGCAAAUGCUCGAAAUCCACAAGGAACAGAGGGCCAAGAGCAAGGAGUACAUUGAAAAGCUCAACGUACAACUCACAAUGCCUGUCAGCGAAGACAGCGCGGAGGAGAAUUGCUGGCCGAUCUACAAUAGUCUCGUAAGGCUCAAAAACCACAUCGCAGAUGGGGUUUUGACCUGGAACAACUUGUUGACGAACUUCGAAAACGCGCGCAAGAAAGAAGAGAAGAUCACCAGGAGCGAGAGCGUCUCCAAAGCCCCUGUGGAAACGGGGGUCGCGGGUCCGCUGGACAACGAUAACGUCGAUCAGAACGAGGUCAUAUGCGAUCCGAUGAAGCUUCUCGAAAACCAAGAGCUGCGCAGUAAGAGUGCCAGCGCGGCGUCAAGUCUGACGAAAGACUCGAUCUCGACCGAUGAUUCGCGGUCACAAUCGACCGCCGAAGAAAAACUCGCGCCCAUGAUCAGCGAAGAGCUCACCGUCAGCGUCGACGCCAAGCAGGAGAAGCGAGGGACCGUGAAAACAAUUUUCCAGCAAUUCCUCAACACCAGCGCCACCGCAUUGAUCUCUAGUCCGUUCCCGGCCACGGAACAUUACAAUUUGAAUUUGGGCAUGGAGCCGCCCAUAGCGGUUUACGACACCGAGCCCUCGUCGAUCAUUGCGGCAUCGUUGGCCUCGAGCGAGUACCAGAGCGGCUCACUCAGGGUUCGAGCCCAGCUGAGCAGCAUCAUGGCCCAUCUGCAAGAGAGCUCCCCGAACAAAACGAUCGACGUCCUCGAGCUGAACAACUUCACGUUGCCGUACAGCACUUCGAAACCCGAACAAGCUCAGCUGCACAUCGACAUCCAGUUCCAAGACGCUUCUUCGAGGUAUUUCUGUCGAAUCUACUACGCUGAACAAUUCCGUAAAGUUCGGAGUCUGCUGUUUCCGGCGGGUGAAGAAAGAUUUCUCUACUCGCUGGCCAGAUGUAUCCCGUGGGAGGCUCAGGGGGGUAAGAGUGGGUCGAUUUUCUGCAAGACGCUCGACGAUCGUUUCAUCCUCAAGGAGAUGAGUCGUUCCGAAAUGGAGUGUUUCCGUCAGGAUUUCGGCAUCAAGUACUUCGAGUACAUUUCUCGCGCAUCCAAGAGGAAACAUCCAACGGUCCUCGGCAAAAUCGUCGGAGUCUAUCGAAUCGGCUAUACGAACUCCGUGACCAACAACCAGUGCAAAAUGGACCUGCUCGUGAUGGAGAACCUGUUCUACGAGCGGAACAUCAACCUCAAGUUCGACCUGAAGGGCUCGGAGCAGAAUCGUCUAGUUGACGACAUAGAGAGGGACGACGUCGUCCUCCUGGACGAGAAUUUCAUGAAACAAAUGUGCGAGAACCCCAUGUACAUCAGGCAGCAUUCGAAGAAAGUACUCCUGAACGCCAUCAACAACGACUCAAGUUUUCUGGCAGAGUGCAAAGUGAUGGAUUACUCGCUGCUGGUAGGAAUCGACACCGAAAAGAACGAGUUUGUCGUGGGCAUCAUAGAUUACGUCCGCCAGUUCACGUGGGACAAGAAAGCUGAGAUGGUUUUCAAAUCCGCUCUCUCCGGCAAGAGUCCCACGGUCAUUUGGCCUUCAAUGUACAAAACGCGUUUCCAAUCAGCCAUGUCGAAAUAUUUUCUAGCUGUACCAGAUCGGUGGACUCCUUUGGGCAAGGACUCUAUGUUGGAGAUUGGUUUCUUCUGUGAAGGGAGCCAUUCCCAUUCUUGUAACUGUCCUAAAAGUUUUUUCUGA